CCUUGAGCCAUCUAGCCUUUAUACAUAUAUAUGCUGACACCUGUCUCUGUCACUAUGGUAUGAACACGCUGCAGAGUUGAAGUUAUAAGUAAAAUUUUAGUGGAAGGACAGGAGACUGACUGAAUAAAAUACAAACAUAAAUCUGGAUUCCAUAAACAGAAGGUCAUGAGAACUGCUAGAAAUUCAGCAAUUUAAAGAACGGAUACUUAACACAGGAACUGGAAGAAACAUCAUCAGUGUCAGGAACAUCAUUCCAUAAUGGCAGAAAUAUCUUCUGGUGGUUUGCAGAUGAAAAAUACUUCAUGUCCAAAAAGAAAGCAAAGAACAGACGCCAUAAAAUCUUUUACUUGCCCUCACUGUGACAAGGGAUUUGCAAGAAAAGGACACCUUGUGGAGCACAUGAGAAUUCACACUGGAGAACGCCCCUACCCAUGUCCUCAUUGUGAAAAGAGUUUUACUAUAAAAAAUAAUCUUCGUAUCCACAUGAAAGUCCACACUGGAGAGCGCUCAUAUGCAUGUCUUCAGUGUGGAAAGACUUUCACUCAAAAAAACGGCCUUGAUGCCCAUAUGACAAUUCACACUGGAGAGCGGCCAUACACAUGUCUUCAGUGUGGAAAGAGUUUCGGACUGAAAGGACAUCUUACAGGUCACAUGAGAAUCCACACUGGAGAGCGUCCAUACCCAUGUCCUCAGUGUGGAAAGAGUUUCACAAAGAAAACAACUCUUACAGAUCACAUGAGAGUUCACACUGGAGAGCGUCCAUACCCAUGUCCUCAUUGUGAAAAAAGUUUCAAACUAAAAUGUCAUCUUAAGACUCACAUAAAUUUUCACACUGGAGAUAUUCAAUACCCAUGUCCUCAGUGUGGAAAGAGUUGCACAAGUCCAAUGCAUCUUAGAACUCACAUGAGAGUUCACACUGAAGAGCGCCCGUACACAUGUACUCAGUGUGAAAAAAGUUUCAAACAAAAAAGUACUCUUAAGACUCACAUGAGAAUUCACACUGGAGAACGCCCAUACACAUGUCCUCAGUGUGGAAAGAGUUUUAUGACGCUGGGACAUCUUACAGGUCACAUGAAGGUUCAUACUGGAGAGCGCCCUUACACGUGUCUUCAUUGUGAAAAGAGAUUCUCAAAAAAAAGUUGCCUUGAUAUUCACAUGAGAAUUCACACUGGAGAGCGCCCAUACACAUGUACUGAGUGUGAAAAAAGCUUCAUGACGAAAGGAAAUCUUAAAGACCACACUAAAAUUCACACUGGAGAGCGCCCUUACAAAUGUCUUCAGUGUGAAAUGAGUUUCGGCUCUAAAAAAAACCUUACAGAGCACAUAAGAGUUCACACUGGAGAGCGCCCAUACCCAUGUCCUCAGUGUGAAAAGAGUUUUCCUCAAAAAAGUACCCUUGAUGCCCACGUGAGAGUUCACACUGGAGAGCGCCCGUACCCAUGUCCUCAGUGUGGAAAAAGUUUUAAACAAAAAAGUACUCUUACGAAUCACAUGAGAAUUCACACUAGAGAGCGUCCAUACACAUGUCCUCAGUGUGAAAAGAGUUUUGUAGUAAAAGUACAUCUUACAGAACACAUGAGAAUUCACACUGGAGAGCGUCCAUAUCCAUGUCCUCAGUGUGAAAAGAGUUUUGUAGUUAAAGCAAAUCUUACAAAUCACAUGAGAAUUCACACUGGAGAGCGGCCAUACCAAUGUCCUCACUGUGAAAAGAGUUUCAGACAGAGCGGACAUCUUACAGGUCACAUGAGUGUUCACAAUGGAAAACACCCAUACAUGUGUCUUCAGUGUGGAAAGAGUUAUAGAGAGAAAAGAUCCCUUGAGAAUCACAUAAGUAACAAAGGAGAGUGCACAUCAACAUGUCUUUAAUGUGGAAAGGUCACACUGAACACAGGGAAUCAAACAUUUUAAGCCCAACAACUUGUAAAAAGCGGUUUGAUGUUUUCCUUCUUUAAAUGUUUUUUUUUAUGACAUUUAUGACAGUCACUAUUUGUGCGUGUCUUUUGACAGGGUUUCAAAUUUUUAAUUUUGAAAUGUUAAGUUCUAGGUCUUUAAACAGGUCUUAUUUUUUCUUCGUCCAUGUAACAUCUAUAUCUAUUGCUGAUUUAAAUGCUUCUGCAGUGAUUUUACAAUGAUUUAACCGCAUUGAUUGUUUAGACGCCAUUUGUGUGAUUAUGAUUAUAAACUUACAUGAACUGCCACCAGCUAAAAUGACAAAUGAGAGUUGUCCCUCCUCUCACAUUUUUGCCAGUGGGCUCUCUCUCAAGAUGAGUGCAUCACAAACCUGCACAUGGACAAAAUAAAGCAUUUCCCGUUUUUA